CAUUGGCGAAGUGAGUUGACUUGCCAAGUCGGGAGUUGUAGUUGUAGCACUUGUAACCCAAAGGAGCCACACUGGUGUACGUGUACGUGCGUACGCAGGUAGGUGCAGUACGUACACGUAUUAUGGAGAAGCAACUAGCCACACCGUGUGGUUUCCUCGUGGUGUUGCUCUGGCUCACGUCCGACGUGCACGCAGAGACACAGAUCCUCUUCCAGGGGUUUAACUGGGAGUCGUGGAACAAGCAGGGAAGCUGGUACAACGUGCUCAAGGGACAGGUGGCCGACAUCGCCAGCGCCGGCGUCACGCAUGUCUGGCUCCCUCCGCCCUCGCACUCCGUUUCGCCCCAAGGGUACAUGCCGGGUCGGCUCUACGACCUGAACGCGUCCAAGUACGGCACCAGGGCGGAGCUGAAAUCGCUCAUUGCCGCCUUCCACGCCAAGGGCAUCAAGUGCGUCGCCGACAUCGUCAUCAACCACCGCAGCGCCGACAACAAGGAUGAUCGCGGCGUCUACUGUAUCUUCAAGGGUGGCGGCCCCCGGGGGCGCCUGGACUGGGGCCCCGCCAUGAUCUGCAGCGACGACACCAAGUACUCCGACGGCACGGGCCACCGGGACACCGGCGCCGACUUCGCCGCGGCCCCCGACAUCGACCACCUCAACCCGCGCGUCCAAAAGGAGCUCUCUGACUGGCUCAACUGGCUUAGGAGGGGCAUCGGCUUCGACGGCUGGCGCCUUGACUUCGCCAAGGGCUACUCGCCUGCCAUCGCCAGGAUGUACGUCCGGAACACGAGGCCCAGUUUCGUGGUCGCGGAGAUAUGGAACCCACUGAGCUACGACGGCGACGGGAAGCCGAAGGCCAGCCAGGACAGCCAUCGGCAGGAGCUGGUGAACUGGGUGAAGGAGGUGGGCGGCCCCGCGACGGCGUUCGACUUCACGACGAAGGGGAUACUGCAGGCGGCGGUGCAGGGCGAGCUGUGGCGGAUGCGGGACAAGGACGGCAAGGCACCCGGGAUGGUCGGGUGGCUGCCGGAGAAGGCGGUCACGUUCGUCGACAACCACGACACGGGGUCGACGCAGAAGAUGUGGCCAUUCCCGGCCGAUAAGGUCAUGCAGGGCUAUGCCUACAUCCUCACCCACCCGGGAAUUCCAUGCAUCUUUUACGACCACGUGUUCGACUGGAACCUGAAGCAACAGAUCGUCGCGCUGGCUGCGGUGCGGAGGCGCAACGGGAUCGACGCCGGGAGCAAGCUGCGGAUCCUGGUGGCCGAGAGCGACCUGUACGUGGCGAUGGUCGGCGAGAGAAUCAUCGCCAAGAUUGGGUCCCGGGACGACGUUGGCAACGUGAUCCCGUCGGAUUUCCAUGUGGCGGCCCGCGGAGAUAACUACUGGGUCUGGGAGAAGGGCGGCCGCAGGUAGUAC